CUCUAGUCCAAAUUGAAGUUGAAAUUUCAAGGGCAGGCAGUGGAACAGGCGUAGAUUGUCGUUUGAGUACGUGUGUGGCGGUAUAUGACGAGUUACAGCAUGCUGUGCAGAGUCGGAUAUGUUCGCAGGUGCGCUGCCACCUUGAACCCCAUCUUAGGUGCUGUGGCCUCCAGACAGAAGCACACACUCCCUGACCUCCCAUAUGACUAUGGUGCACUUGAGCCUCACAUCUGUGCUGAGAUUAUGCAGCUGCACCACAGCAAACAUCACGCAACGUACGUCAACAACCUCAACAUCACUAAGGAUAAAUAUCAGGAGGCACUCGUCAAGGGUGACGUUACAACCCAAGUGUCCCUUCAGCCUGCAUUGAAAUUUAACGGUGGCGGUCAUAUUAAUCACGCCAUAUUCUGGACAAAUCUUUCACCAAAUGGUGGAGGAGAACCACAGGGUGACCUGCUGGAGGCUAUUAAGCGUGACUUGGGCUCAUUUCAGAAGAUGAAGGAGAAGAUGUCUGCUGCCACGGUGGCUGUUCAGGGCUCAGGCUGGGGUUGGCUGGGUUUUGAUAAAGACAGCGGAAGGCUGAGGAUCGCUGCUUGUGCUAACCAAGAUCCUUUGCAGGGCACUACAGGUCUCAUCCCACUGCUUGGGAUAGAUGUCUGGGAGCAUGCAUACUAUCUCCAGUACAAGAACGUUAGACCGGACUAUGUUAAGGCCAUCUGGAAUGUUGUGAACUGGGAGAAUGUCAGUGAGCGUUUUCAAGCUGCCAAGAAAUAAUUUACACCACACCUGAAAAAUCUAAAAUAACAGAGUGUCCAUUUAUACAGUCAAAGCGCACAAAUCUGACCAUAAUUCAACUACCAAACUAAACUAAAUUCUGUAAAAUUACAGAAUUGUUAUGGCUUAACAAGAUCCUUUACUGUACAGAGUAAAUAGUAGCUUGAGUUGUCAUUAAUGAAAGAAAAUAUGUAUGUUUUCAGUACAUUUAAAUUAAAAGGUUGUUUGAAAUUGA